UAUAAUUUAAGCAGUCACAAUUUCUUGUACUCCACAUAUUAUCAGGAUGCUUUUACCAAGGCUGCUUGUCUUUACAGUGCUGGCUGCAGCACUUCACGCUAUUCCACUUUCAACUCGUAUUCAUGAGGUUGAAGAUGAACCCGAUUUUAACCCUUUCAUCAAUCUUGGAGCAAAAACCCAGCUGAUUGAGGGAGACAUUGCCAUACCUCCUGGCCGUGUUGGUCUUAUUGACGAAACAUACAGAUGGAAGUUCCCUAUUCCAUACAUUCUGUCUGACAGCCUUGACCUUAAUGCAAAAGGUGCUGUUCAUCAAGCGCUUGAAAUGUACCGUCUAAAGUCCUGUGUUGAUUUCAAACCCUACGAGGGCGAGAAGACAUACAUCAAAUUUGAGAAGCGAGAUGGGUGCUGGUCGUAUGUUGGAGAUCUACAGAAUGGGCAGGUGCUUUCUCUAGGGCCUGGCUGUGAUCAUAAGGCCGUGAUUGAGCAUGAACUGCUGCAUGCCCUUGGCUUUUACCAUACACAGUCUCGCCAGGACCGAGAUGACUAUGUGAAGAUCUGGCUAGAUCAGGUCAAUGAAGGCAUGGAGCAUAACUUCAACAAAUAUGACGACAGUUUUGUCACAGAUCUAAAUACUCCAUAUGACUAUGAAUCUGUCAUGCAUUAUCGUCCAUUUGCUUUCAACAAAGACCCCAAUAUUCCUACCAUCACCACCAACAUCCCAGAGUUCUUCAACAUCAUAGGGCAAUACCUGGACUUUAGUGAGAUGGACAUUGUCAGACUGAAUCGAAUGUACAACUGCUCCUCUUCUCUGACCCUGCUGGACCAAUGCACUUUUGAAAACAUAAACAUUUGUGGGAUGAUACAGAGUUCCACUGAUGAUGCUGACUGGGUCCAUCUUAAAAGCUCUCCUGGCUCCGAGGACCAUACACUCAGUGGACAAUGCAGAGAUUUAGGAUAUACUGUGCACUUUGACACCUCCACUGGACAUGCAGAGCAGUCUGCUCUCCUCGAGUCCCGCAUCCUGUAUCCAAAGAGGAAGAUACAAUGUCUCCAAUUUUUCUACAAAAUGACUGGAAGAGUAAAGGACAGGCUAGUAAUUUGGGCCAAGAUGGAUGAUGGAACCGGAACCGUGCGUAAAUUAAAGAAACUCCACACAAUCUUGGCUGAUGAAGACAAAACAUGGAAGAUUGCUCAUGUGCCGAUACAAAUAGGGGCAAAGUUCCGCUAUGCAUUUCAGGGAGUUAAAGGAGACCCCACUAACUCUGAAGGAGGCAUAUUCAUCGAUGACAUCAGCCUGACAGAGACGCACUGCCCUGCCGCUGUAUGGCGCAUCCAGAACUUCUCAGGCAUCCUGGAAACAGCUGACUACAACACUGUGCUGAACAGCCCACGUUUCUAUAGCCCUGAGGGUUAUGGUUUUGGCGUUCAAGUACGACCACUGUCUGGUUACUCUGAUUACACGGGCAACUACACUGGUCUGUACUUCCAUCUGGCCAGUGGUGACAAUGACAUUGUGAUGCAGUGGCCUGCUCUGAACCGCCAGGCCACCAUAGUGGUGAUGGACCAGGAUCCAGACAUUAAGCUGAGGAUGUCCUCUGCUCGUAGCCUUACUACUGACAUGAGCACAGUCAGUGGAGGCAAACUAAUAUGGGACAAUCCAAGAAACGUUGGUACCUUUGACCCAAGUUGCCAGUGUUAUCGUGGAGAUUCAUUGGGAUGGAGGAGUUUCAUAAAACACUACGACUUACGCAGAAGGAAUUACCUGAAAAAUGAUGACCUCAUUAUCUUUGUUGACUUUGAGGACUUAACAAGCCUGAUAAACAGUGAAGUUCCAAUUGCACCAAAGGUUUGAGGCCAGUAAGUCUUUGCUAAGUUACGGUGUCAAAUUCUGAAGUCUGAAGAGAGAAAGCUGUGUGCAUUGGGAGAACGUCAUUCAAAACAUUUUUAAAAUGGAAGCAUGGCAGUAAAAUCUGUGUUUAAUAUACUCACACUGUUUUUAAGCACUCUCAAUAAAGUCUUAAAUUACACUCUUUU